UCUCUGUCUGCAUCAGAAGGCAAGGCGCGUUUCGGCUACCAGCAUUCCCUGGAAAUCCGCGAGGAUGAGAGGUUGAUCAGGAGAUGAGGGAAGGCUAGGCGGCCAUUGAGAAGGGGGGAGAAGGAGGCAUCGCCUAUGGGAGAAGCACCUUCCAAGAGGCCCUCCCGCCGCCGCCAGUCCUCCAGGCGGCAGCGCUGGGCGGCAGUGACGUCAUCAUGGGCGGCGGUGCUUGUCGUGGCGCUGGGCCUGCUGACGUGGACACUGUACCUGUACUCUGCCACCCACCGCCUGCUCUCUCAGCCCUCGUCCUUCAGCUCCACUCGCUCCUCCACCCCUCGCAAGCUACAGCAGGAUAUGGCAGUUGGGAGGAGGGAGGGACGCAAAGGGGAAGACAAAGAAGAAGAGGAAGAACCAACGCAAGCGGAUGAUGAUGGUGAAAGGGGGCGUAGGGAAGAAGGGGCAGGGGACGUUAGGGUGGAUGGAAUAGCAGGGAAGGCGGGGAGCCCGCAGCAGCAAGAGCAGGGGGGGCAGAAACGGGAGGGCGAGCAGGGCGAGGGGCAGGGGAGUAGAGCGGGUUUGACUCAUGGACUAGAAUUGGGAGACAGUGAGAUGCACAGGGGAGGGGUGGAGCAGGGGGGAAAGGAGAGGGAGGGAGGGAGAAGAGAGGGAGGAAGAGAGGAGGGGGUUGGAGAGAGGGAGGGGGUACCGCUGUCCCUAGAAGCACAGGUGAAGGCGUUGCAGAAGCAGCAGGCAGAGGUGCAGUCGUGGGAGGAGGAGGUGAUCAGGAGAAUAGGGGCGGUGGAGACGAGGGAGAGGGAGGCUAAGAGGAGGGAGAAGGUGAUUGACGGGAAGGAGACGGAAAUCGCUUGGAGGGAGAAGGAGUGGCGGAAAGAGGCAGAAUUGAGGAGAGUGGGGUCAGAAGGAGAGGAUGAAGGGGUUGGCCUGGGGAGGAGAGUGGGGGCAGCAGGGGGGGGUGUCAGCGGUGGCAUGCGGCAUGAUGUAAUGGAGGCCCUUCAGAUGCUGAAACUGACUGUGAAAGCGCUGGAGGACAACAUCGAGAUGGUGCUGAAUACUGAGGCCGGCCUGCACCCCCACGCCUUCAAUGCAAGUGUGGCGUUCCUGCAACUGCCACCCGGCUCGGUCGAAAUUCCCGCUCACACUCACAGUCACCCCAGGGAAACUGCUGCGCCUGUUGCUGCUGCCCCAGCAGCAGCAGCAGCAGCAGAGGCAGGAGCAGAAGCAGCAGCACUACAGCUGUCAGCGGGAGAGGCAGCAGCAGCAGCCACAGCUCCCAAAGCCCCAGACCGCCCCAAGCAGUACAUUCGUCCGAGAGUGCAGGGCCCGCUGGUGAUAGCCGGCAUGGUGUACAACAGGGUGUUUGACGGGGAUUACACAAGAUUCUGGGCGCUGCAUGUGUGGCAGUGGCUGGAGUAUCACCGCUACGCUGGAGUGACUCGGUUCUAUUGGUACGACGAGGCGAGGAGCACCGAGGAAGACCAGGAUGUGGUACUCGCCCCAUACGUCGAUGCCGGACUGCUGGUGUACCACCGAGUGCGGGAGCUGCCGUUUGUGGAGGGCAACUUCACAGCAUAUCUUGAGAGGAUGUUCCGGUGCAAGCAGGGGGCAGCAUUCAACCACUGGGUGAAGCAAUAUGCCUCGGAGGUGCAUUGGGCUUUCCACGUUGAUAUUGAUGAGUACUUCUUCUCGCCGGCUGGCACACCGCCCGGCUUUCUUCGUCACUACCUGCAGACUUUACCGAAUACGACAAUACAGGUUCUGGUUCAAAACCUCUUCUUCCUGGGAGACCCCAUUGGUCCCGACACCGACACGCUGCUUGAGCGCUACACGCUGCGCAUGCCGAACUCGUCGGAGCGCCACCGCACCAAGCCCCUCGCAUGGCUGCCCCUCGCGGCACAUCUCACGGAUGACUGCAUCAACCCGCACUCGUGGCCCGUCAUGGAGAAUGGGCCGCCGCCUCUGGUGGAUACGAGGGUGAUGAGGCUGAAUCAUUACUGGGGGGAUCGCGCUGGGGUGAUUUCGGACAAUACCCCGAUCUACACGAUGGAUGUUACGAUGAUGGACGAGUAUGGCGAUGGGCUUGUGAAGGAUGAGUCAGCCAAGCCCAUGGGCGCGUGGCUGCGGCAGCGCAUGCAGGUGGCGUGGGCGGUGAUAUCGGCACAGGCAGUUCGCAAGGAGAGAGUGCGGCUCAGGAAGCAUGUGGCUGAGGUUAAGACACGUGUCAAACAGCUAGUGGCUCUAGUGCCUAAGCUGCUUAAGAGAGGAGGAGGCGAGGGAGUGGGGAGGGGAGAGGGAGGAGAGGGAGGGGAAGAGAGUGGGGGAGUGGGGGUGUUGGAGGUUGGAGGGAGUGUGGAGGUGAGUGGGUUCGCUGGGGAUGAUGGCAUGGGGGGGGGCGGUGGAGGGGAGGGCGGUGGGGAGGAUGGUGAUGGUGGUGGGGAUGGUGAUGGGGAUGGUGACAUGAUGCUGGGAGGGGGUCUCAUGAUGGGUGAUUUCUUCUUCGCCGAUCUGCUCAAUGCCACCAAUGCUGCCAAUGCCACAAACGCUACUGCCGGUGCAAAUGUUACCAGGAGUGCCGAUGUUACCAUUGGUGCAAGUGUUACCACUGGUGCAAGUGUUACCGCUGGUGCAGACGGUACAAUAACCAGCAAUGCAAGCACCAGAGCAGCUGGAAACGAUUCUUUGCCCGCAGCCGCACGCACUGGAGCAGUUGUUGGGAUUGAGACGCCUCAAAAACCACCCGUGGCACCUGUGGCACGCGUGGCACUUGUUACCAGUCGAGAAGAGCCAAGCAGGAUGGAGGUGAGGCUUGGGGAUUCAGCAGCACUUGUCGAUAGGGAUGCUGCUGCUGGGUUUCCAGCUGACAACACUGCUGCUGCUGCUGCAAGGGCUGGUGCAGGUGGGGUGGCAGCAGGAGUCUCAGGGGUUAGUGAAGGUAGAGAUACAGGGGGGGGGAUAGCAGCAGGAGUCUCAGGGGCUAGUGAAGGUAGAGAUACAGGAGGGGGGAUAGCAGCAGGAGUCUCAGGGGUUAGUGAAGGUAGAGAUACAGGAGGGGGGAUAGCAGCAGUUGAUGCAGCAAGGGACCAGACAGGUGCUGGCAGCAGCAGCACUGCUGCAGCUGGUGCAGGUGCUGAUGCAGGGAAGGUGGCAGCAGGGGUCUCAGGGGGUAGAGGUGGAGAGAUACAGGGGCGGCAUAUUAGCAGUUGAUACAGCAAGGGACCAGUCGGGUGCUCGGGAAAGUGUUGUUGAAGGAAGGAUGCAUGUAGCAGCCGAAUAAAGCGUGUGGAAGGACCGUGUUGAAGACUAGAUAAGACUAUUGAUACACUUUGAUGUGUCAUAAAGUAUGAUACGGUAC